AUGUUUCUUCAACUACUGCUACUGACGCUUUCCUAUGAGGUCACAGGAGAAGGUGACGUGGCUUUAAAAUUUUCAUCUUCGCCAUCUGGAACAUUUUAGCUUAUUUCAUAAUGCAGUAUAUAUAAAUCCUUAAAGUCCAGAUUUCCUUAUUGUGUUCUUUAUCCCCCGAAGAGUACAAAGAAGGAAGGAGGAGUCCAUUGAUCGAAAUAUAUAUAUUUGGAUUGAGACGUUUCGGAAACUCUCUCGUUUGCAUCAUCAGAAUGGUGCGCUGGUUCUCUUCGCUAGACUUGACUGCUUUCGCCUUGCUGUCUGUCUGGUGAUGUAGUCGUGGUCGAAGCACGAACGGUGACCCGGCCGUUCGCUGCUAAUUGCGUCGACCACUCCAGCUGACGGUUAGGUCAACAUUCAUGGGUCGAGCACGGAUGUAUUACCAAACAGCCAUCAAGGCUGAGGCGUUCAAGUCCGGCAGGAUGGACCAAUACACCACACUGAUAAUGGAAACAAGAGAGUUUGCGGAACGUUAGUUUAAAUAUGCAUUUAGAUAAAUGAACUCAUCCCUACUACGUCAAGAAGUAGUGAACUUCUCAGCAUAGUUAACAAUGUAUUCCUGGAUGAUGUGAAUAGCUUUAAAAUUAAGCAAAUGUGUGAGUACGCUAGAGUCAACUGCUGAUCCUUGUUCUUUCCCUUGCAGUGGUCAACAGCACUUUGGAAUUCAAAGAGCACAGUGAUUAUGCUUAUACGAAGAGGAUCUUCGGCAAUGUUACGGUACGAAUUGUCUAGCGCAAUGACUUGCUUUUAUACCUGAAAUAAUAAUGACCUUUUUAUUGCAGUUUUUGUCCGUGGACGGCGUAAACAUUUCCCGGCCCGCCAAUGGCUCACACUGUGUUCCACCGAAUGACUGUUGGGAAGUCAUUUACCGUAAGAUGUGCAGUAGAUUUUUUCUCCGUGACAAAAUAUCAUAGUCAAGGCAGUAUUUUGUACAACUUGCACAAGAACCGAUUUGUCGACUAUAAAUGCAAUAUUAAAUUGCUCAUGUGACAGCUUUCUCUCCGCCAUUGCGUCUUCAUUAUAUUGUAUAAUCGAAAGAGUAGUUUAAUUCAGUUUUGAAAAACGUUGUAACUCCCGAAUAACUUUAAACCCGCCCUUUCCGACUCCAACGUGCAUGUCUGCCGUUUAAGGAAAGUCAGAUAUUUUCUAUGCGCUACAAGGGUGACACUAUGUGAUGUUCAAAAAUUUUUACAGUGGAUUUGAGUCCCGUUGAAUAAUUGACAGGCAGCAUUAAAAAGGUGAACAUUUACAGUCUUAAAUAUCACAUAAUUUGAAGCAAGCAAGGACAGCAGAAUUUAAUGGGACCACAAAAUUUCGCGACCGCUUCUCAACUGCUGCCGGUCGUUGCAUAACAGAAAUAACAAGUGAGAAAGGUACAAAGGUUUGAAUAUCGACAGAGAAAAUCGAUGUAAAACGGCAAGGUCAACGUGAACUGCGCGUAGACUAAUCGAUUAGUCUACUGUAUUAAUUAACCCGCAUUCCUGUAUUGCCUCCUCGCUGACAUAUAUAUAUAUAUUUCCAUAUUUGCAAGGAAUGUGUCUCCUUCUACCGUUAAUGAGUGCCAAGGCACGUAAGCACACUGCUCGCGCAGCUAACUAAUGCCGGUUCAGUUCCAACUAAAUUCUGCCAUAUUUUUUCAAGCGACAAAUGCGGUAUUGCUAAAGAACAGUAUGCAAUUGUAUCCGUAUUUAACAGGUGUCAAAACACUUCACUUUUUAUAAGCCGAAAGAUACCUCAUCGCUAUCGGUAGACUGCAAGGAACCAAGGCAGCCUUCACGGUUCAACCUGUGAACCCCGCUAGCGGCAGCCCAGUUGCAGCUCAGUACAAAAGAGUUGGCACGCCAGACUGUAAGUUGAAAAAGCACUUAAUUCGAACACUCAUAAAUUUAGCCUCCUAAAUCGCAAUAACAGGAGCGUACUGAGGCUCCUCAGAUAGAUGCGAGCAAAUGUAGGUGCUUGUAUGAGCUAGAAGAUUAAUUGUUUUCACUGAUCUUAAUUCGAAAUUGUCUCUUAUAGUCCCGCAACUGACCAAUGGUGCGAGGUCUAUCGUCGCAAAAGAACUUCACCAAAACGAGCAACUCAUCCACAUUCUACUAUUUACUGAGAAUAUUCGGGUAAAUAUUCGAAUAUUCCUAAAUGCAAGAUGGCAACUGGUUAAUCGAAAUUAUUGCUUGAUUUGUCUCGGCAUAUCGGACCAACGAUAGCGAUCCAUAAGGGAACGUUGUCAGCUUUGAGAGUGAACUGAUGUGGCGAAAUCGUGUUCAAACCUAGGUUAAAUGCAGACCUUUUGUUUAAAUCGAGUAGUUUUUUGAGUUCGAUUAUCGAAUUUGCCAUUUAUUCACUUCACUCCCAAUCAUCUUGGGCCACCCUCACAGGCAAGUGCCUACACAGGUAGAGUAACGGUUGCGAUGCAAUGUCGUGUUUUUGUAAUUUCAGGAAAUAGACAUCGUCGGCAAUAUUACGCAGUGCGAUAUUAACAACGCUAUGAUCUCUCUCCUUGGCAAAACUGGUUAGUUAAUACUUCCGACUGGAAGGCGAAUUUUUUAAACGUUAUGGUGCUCUGUUUAUCUAAGCAGAAAUAUUCAGAUAGCGAUUACUCAUGUACGACCGUUUAACUACAUGCAUCUUGGUUUUGUAGGAGUUUUGAAAUUUCCCGUCGUACUUUUUACGGGGCAUGUGAGCACGAAGCCUCGGCUAUUGGAGAUAAACUUCUCAACCGGCAGAGUUGAUCGUAUUACGAUGACUCCCUCCAAUAGAAAUGACGCGACAGUGCCAAUUUUAACCUUCAUCGACAAUGCUAACGCCUUCAAGGUGAAGUAA